AUGGGAGGUCAGAAGAAAAGGUGGAAGAUUUCUCCUUCCCUAACUCACUGUGCAUGUUGCUUCCCCCACCCCCUACAGAUUGGGAACUUGGAGAACUAUUACCACUUUCACCACAGCAGGACGAUAAGGCGCUCGACGCUCAGCAGUCGAGGCCGGCACAACUUCCUCCGGAUGGAUCCCAAGGUGAAGUGGCUACAGCAACAGGAAGUGAAACGACGAGUUAAGAGACAUGUCCGGGGUGACCCUCAUUUGAUUCACUUCAAUGACCCAAUGUGGUCUAAAAUGUGGUAUAUGCACUGUGGAGAUAAAAACAAUCACUGCAGGUCAGAAAUGAAUAUUCCCGCAGCCUGGCAGAGAGGAUAUACUGGCAAAAAUGUGGUGGUGACCAUUCUUGAUGAUGGCAUAGAGACGAGUCAUCCCGAUCUCGUACAAAACUAUGAUCCUCAGGCAAGCUAUGAUGUCAAUGACAAUGACUGUGAUCCAAGUCCACGCUACGAUGCCAGCAACGAGAAUAAACACGGCACCCGCUGUGCUGGACAAGUUGCAGCUAAAGCAAACAACUCUAAUUGUAUCGUGGGCAUCGCGUAUAAUGCAAGAAUAGGAGGCGUUCGUAUGUUAGAUGGAGAUGUAACAGAUGUUGUUGAAGCAAAGUCGCUUGGCAUCAGACCCGAUUACAUUGACAUUUACAGCGCAAGCUGGGGGCCAGAUGAUGAUGGGAAGACAGUUGAUGGACCUGGUGAAUUGGCCAAACAAGCUUUUGAGUAUGGCAUUAAAAAGGGUCGUAAGGGUUUGGGCUCCAUUUUUGUCUGGGCCUCAGGAAAUGGUGGCAGAGAAGGCGAUUACUGCUCUUGUGAUGGCUACACCAACAGCAUCUACACCAUCUCCAUCAGCAGCAGCACGGACAGUGGGCUCAAGCCGUGGUAUCUAGAGGAAUGCGCAUCUACUCUCGCCACAACCUACAGCAGCGGGGCAUUUUAUGAACAAAAAAUUGUUACCACAGAUUUAAGACACGGUUGCACAGAAGGUCAUACUGGAACUUCCGUGUCUGCACCCAUCGUCACAGGCAUCAUCGCUUUGGCUUUAGAAGCAAACCCCUCACUGACCUGGAGAGAUGUUCAGCAUCUGAUUGUUAAAACAUCCAGGCCACUACAUCUGAAAGCAAAUGACUGGAAAACAAAUGGAGCAGGACGCAAAGUUAGCCAUCUAUAUGGAUAUGGUCUGGUUAAUGCAGAAGCUAUUGUAAUGGAAGCUAAGAAAUGGAAAAAAGCACCCACCCAGCACGUCUGCAUUGGAAGCUCAGAUAGGACACCCAGUGUUGCCCACUCUGGCAGUCUUCUGGCGAGCCUGGAGGUAUUCAGUGCUUUUUCUGAACACCGGAAGUUAAAGGAAUGGAGUCUCAUUUUAUAUGGAACAGCCGAACACCCUUACAAUGCAACCAGUUCCCAUCACUCCCAAUCGAGGAUGCUAGAGAUUUCAACACCGAAAUUGGAGUUCUCUAAAGCAGCAGUUUUCCAGAGUCAGAUGGAGGUGGUGGAAGAGGAGGAAGAAUACACAGGUCCAUGUCAUCCUGAAUGUGGCAACAAAGGCUGCGAUGGUCCUAAUGCAGAUCAGUGCUUUAAUUGCAUCCAUUACAGUCUUGGAAUUGUUAAAGCUGGCAGGGUGUGUGUGAGCUCAUGCCCUUCGGGGUAUUUUGGAGACAACGCAAGUAGGAGAUGCCGACGAUGCCAGAAGGGGUGCGAAACCUGCACAGGCAGGGGCCGAAACCAGUGUACAUCUUGCCGACGCGGUUUCUAUCACCACCAGGAAACAAAUGCAUGUGUGGUGUUCUGUCCAGCUGGGUUUUACGCCGAUGAAAGUCAAAAGCUCUGUCUGGAAUGUCAUCAAAGCUGUAAAACAUGUGCUAGUGAUCCAGAUAAACGUAUUCUAUGCAAGGAUGGAUUCAGCCCGUUAGGAGCAGGCUGUCUCCCGGAAUGCCAGCCAGGCAUGUAUUUCAGCAAAGAGACCCGGAAAUGCGAGAGGUGCCACGCGAGCUGCCAGACAUGUGUCGGGCCAGGCAAAGAGGCAUGCAUACAAUGUGCCAAAGAUUUCCACCUGCACGAGUGGCGCUGUGUCCCUGCUUGCAGCCAGGGGUUUUACCCUGAGGCGGUGCCAGGUCUACCUUAUAAAGUCUGCACAAGAUGUGACGACAGCUGCUCAGCUUGUGAAGGCUCCAGGGAUAACUGCGUCAAGUGUAAGGAAGGUUUCAAUCUGCGCAUCGGCUCAUGCAUCACAAAUGUAACCUGCAUGGAUGAUUCUCCUAUUCCUGAACGCAGCCCCUCAGCUUUCAAGACCCUCUGUGAGAUUGUGAAAUCAAAAAAGCUCUGUGAAAUGAAGCUAUUCAUACAGUUGUGCUGUCAGACAUGUCUCAUGGCUGGAUAAAGUCCAUUAUCUGCAUCCAGGAAUUCCAUCACCCUGCAAGUCCAGUUUGCCAAACCUUUAGGACAAAAGUUUAUUUUUUCAACUUUGGGAGAGUUUACAUGGUGCUGCCUAACAUCAGUUUGAUAGCUUUAAUAUCUCUGUCAAUUUGUUUCUAUAGCAACAUAAUGAAUAGCAUUAAAUCUAGGUAGGAUCUUAUUCUUGGUAAUUAAGGCCUCAAAGAUACAAAACAAAUGGCAAUAUUAAUACUCUCAAAUGCUUCUCAUGGAUGGGGACUGAUGUGUGAUCUAGACACCUCACCUUGUUUCUUAGUCAAAAUCCUUCUGAUUCAACCAUUCCAAGGGCAUAGCAGGAGAUCAGGACUCGAAAGCACCACGGAUUUCUGUGUCUCUGAGAAGAAGAAGCUAUUAAUGGUUAAACACUUUCUGUUCUUCUAUGUUAGCUCAUGACUGAUAAAAAUCCACGUUACAAAAAAAGAGUAGUACGGUAUUUUUCUGUUCUUUACAUAUGUUAAAUGAUGAACUGUGUAAUCUGAACUAAAUAAUCCGCUCGAUGAAAGCUCUAAAGCAAAGUAUUCAGGUUACUCGUUGGCUUCUGUUGUUAACUGUUUCUGUCUGGCCAUAAAUUUGACAAUAACUGGAGACUUGAGAAUCAUAUUCAGAGUUGGUGUAAGAGGGACAAUCCAGUGCCCCUGCUAGUGCUUUUGGAAUUUAGCCCAUAGUGUCUGUUGGGGCCCUCAACCUGCCAGCUGUUGCAUGCAAGUGGAUCCAUGUCCCCGCACAGAGCCACACUGAUUCAGUGGGAGGCUGGCCAGACAUAAGGGUCCAUCCACAUGGUUCAGGAGUCUUAUUUACUGAAUCCAUUUCUCUUCUGAAAUAGUGAUUAAGUGGUUGAUGAACUCCGUUCUAAUAAUUGAAACCUGUUAGGUUCUUCCUCUCCUAGCUAAAUGAGAUGGUUUUCCUAUAUUUUUACCCUCCAGCACUUUGCAUCAAAGCCUCUUUUAUAUGACAACACUUUGAUGGACUUAACACCUCUCUCUAAGAAAUCCCAAUGCCGAUGAUCCGGUCAGGAAACGCCUUCCCUAUCCAGCUCAGUUCUCUAAAACAAAUCAGAAUCUCUUCACUCUGUCUCCAAACAGAAUGUCAUGUGGUGUUUGUAUAAUUGUUUAAAGUUUAUUUGGCUAUGUUGUCCUGAGAUUUUUUUGUAAUAACUUAUACUGUAUUUCUCCAGAGAUUAUUAAUUAUUAUUGUUAUUAUUUUUAUGGGAAGUGGGGAAUCUUUUAUGUGUCUUAUUCAUGUGUUUCCCCUUCUCCGGGACCUCUGUUGCCAGACUUUAUAAAGAUAUUCUUUUCAUAAGACAUAUGUAGACGAUACUUCUUAUGUUGCAUGUUCUGAUUUUCAUUGUUAAUAGUUUUAACAAGUUCAACCUUCUGCCAGCGAAAUUCACAGUAAAAGCUUUAUCAGUUCUUUAUGAAGCAGGAAGAAUCCGUUUUUUUUUUAAAUUCAAAUUAUUUUCACCCUGUCUGGGCCUGUCCAAUAAAACCUCAGCCAGGUGAACAGGGGAUGGCCAAAUGUCAUUGUUCAUAAAACUGAAUGGAGCAACAAGCACGUAAAGGCAAAGCUUCUAUGAAAUGACCAUAAAAUUAAUAAAUUGUUUACAUCUA